GCUUUCUUUUCUUGAACAUAUCAUCUCUUUCUAUUUAUGCAAAUUUGUAAACAUUAAUUAAGCAGAAAAAAAAGGGGGAAAUGUUCGAACACAUAACAGCAAGUGAAAUAGCAGGAUUUGGAGUGGGUGGUUUACUACUUGCUGCCACCAUUUAUGCUCCCAAAAUUGAUUCCUUCAUCUCUACUUCUCAACGCAGUUCACUGGGAAUGUGCAAAAAAUGUGGAGAUUUGAGACUGAUAGCAUGUUCAAGUUGCAAAGGAUCUGGUACAAUUAAAGGAGGAGCAUUCAAUUUCAUUCUUUUGGAGGAAAAAUCAAAAGUAGGAUCCUCUUCUUCUUGUACGAAAUGUCGAGCUAGAGGACACUUUCAGUGCCCUGAGUGUUCUAAACUUAGUCAGGCUUGAUCUACUUUACACUAUACAAGCUUAUUAUAUUCAAAAUAGUUGUCGAUGCUGCUUUUGCUAAAGAAUUGCUUAGAAUCUGUCGAAAUUUGAUCAUACACGAAAGUUAUUCUGGAAAUGUUAUCUACUAUUAUAUGAAA